CUGCAAAGUCUCUUCACGAGUCAAUAGAAAACCUCCUUCCAAAAACAAGAUUCAAAUCCGAUCAACCAUGCAGUUCUUCUCAGCAUUCCUCUUUCUCACGUUCCUAUUCCCUUUUGUCUCCUCUCUCAAAAUUGGAUCAUCCCUCCAAUGGAUCGAACACACCCCGCAACCCUACGCCAUCGCCAACUUCUACAAAGGACAGUCCGCCGCUUCUCUAGUCUCAGGCGGAGUCGCAAACCUGGGAAGUGACACGUCCUUCGACCUCGCCGCCAAUGCGGAAACCCAAGGACUAAAGCAAUAUGCCAACCACAAAAACAUCCGUCUCAUCUACGUUAUCUGCGAAGUUCCCUAUCGCCUGGUCGCGCGCAAAAGUGCGAGGAUCGCAACCCUCGCGGAUCUCAAGGGUAAGAAAAUCGGGACCAUUUUGGGCACCAGCGCGAAUGUCUUUGUCCAGCGGAUGCUGGCGUCUGCCGGUGUGCAGGAAGGUCAGUAUACCGUUGUCAGCGGAGACGUUUGCAUGAAAACUCCCUGCGGAGACAAGACACUACCCAAUAUGCUCAAGAGCGGUCAGAUCGAUGCUUUUGGCAUUUGGGAGCCUGCUGUUGAACUUGGUGCCCGCGCCCUGGGCGAGCAAAACGCGAUCCUAUUCCAAAACAUCAGUACCUACCGCGAAGUCUACAGUCUCUACAGCACUACGGAGAAGCUCAAUGAUCCUCAGAAACGCAAAGAUGUUGUUGCUUUCGUGCGUGCGCUGAAUCAGACCAGGGACGUGUAUACGCGUACCCCGGGAGAGAACGGCGUAUACGAGUUCGUGGCGAAGAAAGUUGGCAUGGAUGUCGACAUUGUGAAGGCAGUUUGGGGCGAUCAUCUUUGGAAUGGUGUUUGGGGGGACGAUUUGAUUGAUUUGCUGGUCAGUGAGGAUCAGUAUCUAGCGAAGGCGGAUAAGAGGCCUGGGGCUUCGAGAGCGGAGCUAGAAAGGUUUCUAGAUAAGAGCGUUAUUGAGGAAUUGUAA